CGAGAAAAAGACAGAGUGGGGGAGACAGAAAGAGAAGGAGCGAGAGAAAGAGAGCGGGAGACAGAGGGAGCAAACUGAAUGGCGCAUCUAAGAGGAUAACUGCCUGUUUAUUCACUGUGCCUCUGACUCCUGCUCUCCCUCCUGUUCUCUCUUACACAUGCGCCUGCGCACACACUCUGACAUACACUUUCAGACUCACACACACAUACAUGCUGACAGUCACCUGCAAAGCCACUGUGCUCAGGCUGGGAAAUGAGUAGGCUUAUAGUUGAGGAGAUGACUCUGAGGAGAAGAGAGUGAAACAGAGGGCACAGCAGGGAGGGAGAGAGAGAGAUAGAGGGAGAGAGAGAAGAGGAGGAGAGGGACAGAUGGAGUCCUUACUGAUGAUGCUAGGGAACGGAGGAACUGAGAACACCGAGGAGCAGUGAAAGAGAGAUGUGAAAGAAAUAAAGGGGAAAAAAUGGAGCGAUGUAAGAAUGGAACAAACAGAGCAUAGGAAAGAAGCGGAAGAAGCAUAUGAAAAAGAAGAGAGAUAGAGAUGGUGUGUGACUCCUCUGUUCAGUAUUCUGAAGGAUAUUCCCAGCAUCAUUUCACUUCUACCCAAACAGCCCACGACAGAGGGAGAGGAGGAAUGGUCCCAGGAGAGUAGGAAAAGGGACAACAGAUUAUCAGAGGACAGGUGUAAAGGAGCGAUAUAAGGAAUACAUGCAGUGGAGUUACUGGAACCUGGGCUAUCCUGUUAUCCAGCAAAAUGAGUGGAAGAUGAGUCACUGAGAAGAGGUAUCGGAAGAGAAAAAAAGAGAGAGAAAGAGAGAGAGAAAACGUGUAGAAAGCAAAAGAGGAAUAUAGAACAUUAUGGGGAGUCACACAACGUUAUCCCACUCCUUAGCAAUCCAAUCUCCCUCCAGCCCCACGGGACAAUAGUGGGUUGGAAAGGCAAGCCUGCAGAUUCAUUGAUGGGAAGGAUGGACAAAGUGUAUUCAGGGGAGUCAUGCCUAUUUGUCGGUAGGUACCGUGCCCCCGCCACGAUCUUCUGGGAUAUUAUUAAGACUAAGUUGGAGCUGACUGUACAGUAUCCAGGUGUCAUGCAACAGAACUGUGUGCCCCAUUCUCACACUCACCGCUCUUUUCUGGGUCUUCACACUUAUGUAAUGUGAAAUGUCCUCUUUUAGAAGAAUAUUUUGUAUGAGGGAGAUCUGAGCCAUGCUUUAAGUUGGCACUUGCUCCCAUGUUUAACGUGCUGAUAUCAAUUAUACAUUUAAUGUGGCUAUAUAGAACAGAUCUAUAAGGAAAUCAGGACCCUAUGUGGACUAUUACCAUAAAUAAAUGAAGUUCUGUGGACUAUGAGAAUCCGGUUCACCCUGAAGACUUAUUUUAUGAAGUCCAGGAUAAAGUUCUCUCUAUCUGUAGUUUGAGCAAAGUACAGCCCACCUGGCUUUGGUUACAUCUCUCAGGAAGUCAGAUAUCCAGAGCAACACACACACACCUGAGGAAGGACUAGUCCAUUGGAGUGCUGCAGAAGGGGGAUGACAGGACAAACAGCACUGCAGUGUGACAGUUAUUUCCAAUCAUCUCCAUGAUCACUCAAACCAACAAGCUACAGCUGUCUCCCCAGAUCUGCUUGUUGAUGGCACUCCACCUCAACAAAUCCGAUAAUACCGAUAAUCCAUUGUCAUAGAGAAUAAAUAAUAGUCAACAGACAAAUUGCAUUGAGCUAGAUAGAAUAUAAUUACUCUCUGAAAGAGGAUUUCAUCACAUCAAACGGCCUGCAGAGACUGUGGAUGUCGGGGGAAAGAACAAGACACCACAUGAGACAUGGUGAGCAAAGAGACUAAUCACUUGGUCACUGGCCAACACACCAACAGCAAGACCACCGACAAGCUGCCUGGCACCAUGACAGUGCGCUCAGUGCUGCUGAACCGCGACUCGCCGGAUAUCGAGAGCCGCUUAAAGCGCCGCCGCAACCGCACCCAGCAGGUCCGCUUCAAAGACCUGGAGGAUGGACUAGGCAGCGGGACCACUGGAGCCAAGAGCUACCAGAAGACUGCCGCUGAGUGUGACAGCCCCCACCCCUUCCGGAAGAACAGCCCCACAAGCCCCAUGGCCCCCCAAGGAUGGCUUACGGAGGCCUCGGUGGUGGGGGCAGUCCGAGGGGACAUGGCAGACACCAUUGAGGUGGUGGCGGCAUUUUUGGCUCGGGCGCCCCCUCACCCGCUAACCCCAGGGCCCACGCGCCGCUGCUGGGCACCACCACCAUCACCCCCACUGCCGUGCUCACUCACGCUGCCCCUCUCCCAGAGGCAGUGCACUAGCAUGGCCAUCCAGACCUCCCCCUGCUUCCAGAAGUCCAAGCCCUCCGUGCUCUCAAAUGUCCGCAGCGUGGGGGACUCGGUGGGCGUGGAUGGGGACGACAAACAGGACAACGAACAUGAUGAGUACUACACUACCCACAACUACCUUUCAGAGCCUGCAUCCAGAGAUGGAAACGGCCGUGGGUUUAAGGCUAAGCAGGGAUUGGUGAACCAAACCCAGUGCCUCAGGACUAGUGAGGCUAACGCUAGCUCCCUUGCUGUUGGGAAUCACAUGGACUCUUCCUGGCAUAACUCUUCUUGUUUUUCCCCUCCUGAAUGCCAGGGGAGUGCAACUCCGUCCCAAGUGAGGAGGAGAAGGCGCAUAAACAAUGCAAUCAGUGACCCAGGAAGGGAGGUGUCCUACUGUACCACUCCAACACAGACGGAGAGUCCCUGUGUCUCCCCUCCUAACACCCCACCUCCAUUGUCAGUGCAGCCCUGCACCUGCCCACCUCCCUCGACUGUGGGACCAUCCACCUCCUCACCUCCCUCGACUGUGGGACCCUCCACCUCCCCACUUCCCUCGACUGUGGGACCCUCCACCUCCCCACCUCCCUCGACUGUGCAGGCCUGCACCACCCAAACAAAAGCUGACAGUCCCUCCACCUGCCCACCUCCCUCGACUGUGGGACCCUCCACCUCCCUAUCUCCCUCGACUGUGGGACCCUCCACCUCCCCAACUCCCUCGACUGUGGAACCCUCCACCUCCCCAUAUCCCUCAACUGUGCAGACCUGCACUACCCAAACACAAACUGACAGACCCUCCACCUCCCCACCUCCCUCGACUGUGGGAUCCUCCACAUCCCCAUCUCCCUCUGCUGUGGGACCCUCCACCUACCCACCUCCCUUGUCUGUGCAGGCCUGCACCACCCAAACACAAACUGACUGUCCCUCCACCUUCCCACCUCCCUCGACUUUGAGACCCUCUAUCUCCUCACCUCCUACUGUGCCCUCCACCUCCCAAACUCAGACUGUGCUUCACUAUGCCUCCUUACCUAAAACUGUGCUAACCUCCACCCAUCCAGGUUGUGGAAUUCCCCCUCUGGUGGUUCUGCCUUGCGUCUCCCAGAAUGAGUCCACCUGUACAUCUCCCCCCAGAAAAUCUGUGCUUCUGCCAACUGUGCUUCCAUCUAAAGCUCAAACCACUCCACAUCACACUACACAAACUGAACCUGUUCCACCCUGUACCUCCCUGAUUCAAACCAAACCAACAUGCACCACCACAACUACAACCAAAGCCUCAAUUCCAAAUUGGCCCACCCAAUCACCAACUCCAACGAUAGCCCCGUACUCAGCCCCAUCUUGCUCCACCACCUCGACUCCAACUCCAACGAUAGCCCCCUACUCAGCUCCAACAUUCUCCGCCACCCCGACUCCAACUCCAACGAUAGCCCCCUACUCAGCUCCAACUUUCUCCACCACCCCGAAUCCAACUCCGACGAUAGCCCUCUACUCAGCUCCAACUUUCUCCACCACCCCGACGAUAGCCCCCUACUCAGCCCCAACUUGCCACACCACUCCAACUAUAGCCCCCUGCACCAUCCUAACACAAACUGCCCCACCCUGCUCCUCCUUAAAUAAAGCAGUAAUCUACUGCACCUCUCCACCUCCAACUGUGACAUUGUGCCACCCAACAACCCAAACCGGCCCUCCCUACAUCUCCUUAAUUCAGACCAUACCACCUGGGCACCCCCCAUGUCAGACAAUACCCCUGGGAACGCUCCAUGUCAGACCAUACCCCCUGGGAACCCCCAUGUCAGACCAACCCCCAUGUCAGACUAUACCACCUGGGAACCCCCAUGUCAGACCAUACCCCCUGGGAACCCCCAUGUCAGACCAUACCCCCUUGGAACCUCCCAUGUCAGACCAUACCCCUGGGAACCCUCCAUGUCAGACCAUACCCCCUGGGAACCCUCCAUGUCAGACCAUACUCCCUGGGAACCCCCCAUGUCAGACCAUACCCCCUGGGAACCCACCAUGUCAGACCAUACUCCCUGGGAACCCUCCAUGUCAGACCAUACCACCUGGGAACCCCCCAUGUCAGACGAUACCACCCUGCUUCUCCCAACCUCCAGUAGUUCCUUCCUACUCCGCCCACAUUCAAAUCCAAACGAUAAAAUACUGCUCCUCUCCCUCUCCCAUCAUAAAAAGCUGCAACUCCCCACCUCCAAUGGUAAAAUCCUACCAUACACUUCCAACGGGUCCAUCUUGCGCCACUCCCACAAAAACUGUGCCCCUCUAUGCUUCCACAUUUCGGCCUGCACCCCCCUACACCCCCCCACCUCAGGCCCAACACUGCAGCACUCAGGACAGGAGGGUGAUAGAGUGGGAGUGUAGAGGGGAGAGAAGGAUACUUCCACCGCCACCCCCGCCACCUCCCCCAUACACCCCACGCAAAGAGGGGGUGAGCUGCACCUCAGGCCCAGGCCACCGGGCGCCCCUACUCAGGCGAGUGAGUGAGAAGGAGAAGUCAGGGAGAUCAGGGUCACCUGUGCACUGUCCCCGAGCCUGUUCUCUGAAACACAGAGCUCAAACACCCCCGGAGGUCCCUCUGAAGGGGAACCAGGGGGACCAGGGUUCCUCGCCAACCAAGACCAUCCCCAGACCCACCUGCCUGGGCCAGGCUCAGGCUCAGCUGGGGGCUCAGAUUGGUGCCCUCCAUAAGAUACUCUGCUCUGGGCCCAACACCCCCAACAGCCAGCACGCUUUACCCCCCGGCCAGUACCCCUCCGGGGGCUGCUCUGGCUCUGGAGGGGGCUCCUCGGUCGGGCCCCUGACCUCCAUCCAGGCAGACACACUGAGGCAGGUGCAGGAAAUCCUGGGGGGGCUGGUGUCAGGGGCCAGGAGUAAACUGGAUCCCACCUGGGUGGCAGAGAAACUGAUGGGCCCCAACGGGCCCCUGCACGACAUCCGCAGCCUGCAGACCCAGCUGCACAGCAUGGAAGGGGUCUUGGAGACCAGCCAGAAUACCAUCAAGGUACUGCUGGACGUUAUUCAGGACCUGGAGAAGAAGGAGGCUGAGAGAGAUGGGAGACACUCCUACCGGACAGGCCAAGACAUAGAGAACUGUGGUACGUGUAGAGACUGUGCCUGCAUCAUAUACAGUGUGGAGCAUGACUUCCGACUGCAGGAGGGGGCAGUGACCCGCACGUGGAGGGUAGAGGACCCUCCAGAGGUUUCCCUCCUGCCCACUGUGACCCCUCAGCCCACCACGCCACACCGCCAGGAAACACCCCUGCCGGUGACACUGGCACGCCCCCCUCACAGCGGCAAGAAAAGCAGGAAGAAGUGCUUCUGGUUCUUGUGAACUUUAAACUUUGGAGGGAGGGUGGGAUAGGGAAGGACACAAUGAAUAAGGCCACUCCUUCUUAAGAUUGUGAAGGACGGAGAUGGAUACAGUACUUUACAUGCUUCCUCUAUAGACUGUGAGGCUCUGAAUGGUAGUGUGUGAAGUGUGCGGCCCUGAUGUGGAUGGAGAGAGAGAAAGAAAAUGGAAGCUCAAAACAAGUGUGAGAAGAAGCAGUAAACAUGAGAGUUUAAAAGAGAUAUAAAAGAGGUAUAAAAUAGAUAUAAAAUAUAAAUAAAAGAGGUAUAAAGAGAAAUCAAACAUAAAUAACAGAGGUAUAAAAGAAACAUAAAAGUAGUUAAAGGACCUGGAAGAACCGUGGUGUGUAGAUGAAUGGAAUCUGUGCUGUUCCUGGUGUUGGAACUGUUUAGAGUGAAGAGUGAAACGAACAUGCUUGUGUUGUAGUUGCACCUCAAUAAAUGCCUCUUCAGCACCUGUGGUCAGUUUUAAGUGCAGGGAGGGAGGUACUGUAAAGGCAAUUGUUGAAGUGAAAGUGUAGAAGAUGAAAAUAAAGGGUAAGGACAAAAUGAAGGUCAAGAAAGUGAGGAGGUAUAAAAGGCUAGGCCAUGGUGGGAUUAAAAAAGAGCGGAAAAGAAUGAGUGUACAGAGAGAAGAGUGGAAGGAUCCAUCCGCAUCCCUAAUGGACAAAUGAUGGUUAGAACACCAGCUUUUAUACCCUGAGACGUUUCAACAAAUCAAUUAUUAUGAUGACCCUUAUUCAAAACUUUUAAUAGAAUUGAUUAUACAAAAACCACACACAUACAUACAACAAGACAGGCUGAGAAAUGCACCAGGAGGAAAAGUGAGGGGGAAAAAAACAUAUUCUACUGGUUGAAUUGCUAUAUUUCAGAUACGGAUUACUGCUCUAUAAAGUAUUUUACAACAACUUGUUUGGGAAUAUUGUCAUUAAUGCUGUCAUUGAUUUUUUACAAGAUUAAGUCUUGUGAUGAGUCACAAGUUGGUAUAGAUUGUUAGCAGUGCUUUUUGUCGUCGGGUAACUACAGAACACCUGUUGCCUGGCCUAAACACAAUUAGCGUUGUUACCUCGUACCCCUGCACAUCGACUUGGUAGUGGUACCCAGUGUAUAUAGCCAAGUUAUCGCUGCUCAUUCGGUAUUUAUUCCUCAUUAUAUUAUUUUUCUAUUAUUUCUAAUUGUUUCUUUCUGCAUUGUUGGGAAGGCCCCUUAAGUAAACCUGUUGUUUACGAAGCAUUUGACAAAAACAAUUUUGUUUGAGCUCCACUGUUAUAGCAUCCCACUCUAGCUCUCUGUGAAUUCCCACCGAUCCUCUUUUACGCGUUUCUGCCAGUGGUUUAUAUUCAGCCAACAUUGAACUGGGUGCCUUUCCAUUGAUUCUUGUGGCUCCCUGUUGGCCAAGGCAGCCUUGGUUCACAGAGAUCAUUCUCCUUCAGGGAACAGUAGUUAUGGUCACAAUGUUACAUUCUUAGAAUGAGGUCAACCGUGAAACGCCUGUUGACCUAAAUGCAGGACCCUAAACAUUUAUGCAUCUAAUAUGAUUACGCAACCCAACACAAGGAGAUGCAGAAGCAGUGCAUCAUAUUUCCCCAGAUGGCUGUGCAGACAGCUCACUUCUCCUGGACGCUGCAGGGCCCAUCACACAAAAAGAAGCCUCAUCUGCUUUAAGACUGCAAACAACGAAAACCACGCCAGAUUCCUUGUUAGUGAUGGUCUCUCUCAUCGUGACACAUACUUGUGUCAACAAUGUACACAAAUAUUUGAUAACAACAGUGUCAUUUUGUUUUCUUCUAAAUUCUAUUCAAUUGAUUCAAAUGAUUCUACCCAUCCCUAUUUGAUUCAAAUGAUUCUAACCAUCCCUAUUUGAUUCAAAUGAUUCUACCCAUCCCUAUUUGAUUCAAAUGAUUCUACCCAUGCCUAUUUGAUUCAAAUGAUUCUACCCAUCCCUAUUUGUAACAGAAAUGUAGAUGCCAGUUUCCCAAUAGAGACCAGACAGUGUUCUCUGAAGGAAGGAGAAUGGAGUAUUUUGUAUGUGAACAGAUGUAGUCUGGCAGAUAUAGCAGAGAGGGAAUUGAUAUUUCAAGGCUUCACAGACACAACCCAACAGCCUAACUGUUUCAGGGUGCAACGCUCUGAACAGGUUUCAAGCAACAUGCCCCUGUUUGUCGAUAGAUAGGACACUUGGCUGGACAUUUGGAGAGAGAGAACUGGCAUGUUUUGCUGCCACUGAGCACUCAGACAUGGAUCCUCACACAGUCACAGAGUCUCUCUCUCUCUCUCUCUCUCUCUCUCACUCUCACACACUCAGUCAGUCACUCACACA